GAAAAAAUACUCCAUUUCUCGACUAUCCUCUCACGAUCAAUUCUCUCAUCAUCUUCUUCCUGUUUCUUUCCUUCAACAAAAAUGUUUCAUUUCAAACCCUAGAAACCGUAAUUCUCGUCGAUUUCUCAAAAUUAGAGCAGAGAAUUGGGAACUAGGGUUAGGGUAUUGGGUGGAAAGUGUGAAACGGUAAUGGGAGCUACGGGUUCGAAGCUGGAGAAGGCUCUCGGUGAUCAGUUCCCCGAAGAAGAAAGAUAUUUUGGCCUAGAGAAUUUCGGAAACACUUGCUAUUGUAACAGCGUGUUGCAGGCACUCUACUUCUGUGUUCCUUUCCGAGAACAGUUAUUAGAGUAUUAUGCGAAUAACAAGAAUGUGGCAGAUUCUGAUGAAAAUCUUAUGACAUGUUUGGCAGAUCUAUUUACUCAGAUUAGCUCUCAGAAGAAGAAAACUGGUGUUAUUGCUCCGAAGAGAUUUGUACAGCGAGUAAAGAAGGAAAAUGAAGCAUUUCGAAGUUACAUGCACCAGGAUGCUCACGAAUUUCUAAAUUUUUUGCUGAAUGUGCUUGUUGAUAUUCUUGAGAAAGAGUCAAAAGCUGCAAAAAGUUCCCCUGAAGCUGAUAAGUCUUCAGACAAGAUUGCAAAUGGUACAUGCGGCCCUCAAGCCAAUGGUGUUCAUAAAGAACCUCUUGUUACAUGGGUUCAUAAGAACUUUCAGGGCAUAUUGACCAAUGAAACAAGAUGUUUGCGCUGUGAGACUGUCACUGCAAGGGAUGAAACAUUCUUUGACUUGAGCCUCGACAUAGAACAAAACAGUUCGAUCACGAGCUGUCUCAAAAACUUUAGCUCAAUCGAGACUUUAAAUGCUGAGGACAAGUUCUUCUGUGACAAGUGCUGCAGUUUGCAGGAAGCCCAAAAGAUGAUGAAGAUAAAGAAGCCUCCACAUAUCCUAGUGAUUCAUCUCAAGCGAUUCAAGUACAUUGAGCAGCUUGGUCGGUAUAAGAAGCUAUCAUAUCGGGUUGUGUUUCCGAUGGAGCUCAAGCUCAGCAACUCCGUCAAUGAUGCAGACUCUGAGUAUUCACUCUUUGCCGUUGUGGUCCAUGUUGGCAGUGGGCCAAAUCAUGGCCACUAUGUGAGCCUCAUCAAGAGCCACGAUCACUGGUUGUGCUUUGACGAUGAAAAUGUUGAGAUGAUUGAUGAGGCCAUGAUGCAAACUUUCUUUGGAUCAGCACAGGAGUAUUCAAGCAAUACCGAUCACGGGUACAUCUUGUUCUAUGAGAGAACCAAUGCAAAAAGCUAAGAGAUCGAAUUUUCACCCCCCAUUGUAAUUAACUUUGAGGUGGUUGUAAUGUUUAGGGGGCAGUGGAAAUGUACAAAAUCCUCCUUUCAAAGAAAGAAUAAUAAAACAUCCGUGUGCAUGGAUGUCGAGUGUUUCUAGGAUAUUAGUAUAAAGUAUGUGCUUUGCACGUGCACAUACCUUUUUUACAUUAUAAAUUUAUUUCACAGAUAGGAAAAUGAAAGAA